AUGGCUGGAGACGAUGUCGAUGCUUCAGCCAGUGGCGGUUCCGGUGGAGCUGUGGUCGGUGUUGGUGUUAUCUCGCCGUACACGUUGUCGGCGUCAGAUAAACCGGGAGCUUUGAUUACUUCCGUUCAGUUGAAUGGAGAAAAUUACAACGAAUGGGCUUUGGAGAUGCUUAACGCUCUUCAAGCUAAACGCAAGAUGGGUUUCAUUCACGGUGUUCUUCCAAAACAUGCGAGUGGUAGCCCGGAUUUGGAGAAUUGGUUAACGGUCAACUCCAUGAUCGUUGGCUGGAUUAGGUCUUUAAUAGAACCUAAAGUUCGUUCGAUUGUGUCGUAUAUCUCAGAUGCUCAUCUCCUGUGGACUGAGCUUAAGGAACAAUUCUCAGUGGGGAAUAAAGUUCGUAUACACCAAAUCAAGUCUCAACUUGCGUCAUGUAAGUAG